UCUUCUUUGAGUUCCUCAGCCCACGCUGAACUCACCUGGGCUUCUGGCAGACUGUUUACUUGUUUUCCCAACUGCUCUCCCUGAUCCUGUUGCAUUCCCUCUCUCGCAGGGCCCAAAAAGGAUGUGAACUUUGGAAUGGGGUCUGUGAGCAGGCUGCGGACUCAGUGCACGUGUGAGACUGUUGCUGAAUAACAGAAGGACUGGUUGAUCGCUGCAGGCAGCCCUUCUGUCUGGCUGCAGGGCACCAGCCUUGCCUGGGCCCUUCAUCAUGUUCCUCCUGCUCCCCUUUGACAACCUGUUUGUUAAUCUCUUGGGGAUUUCCAUAACUGUCCUCUUCACUCUGCUUCUGGUUUUCAUCAUUGUGCCAGCAAUUUUUGGAGUCUCCUUUGGCAUCCGCAAGGUUUACAUGAAAACUUUAUUAAAGAUUUUUCAGUGGGCGACACUAAGAAUAGAACGUGGUGCCAAGGAGAAGAACCAUCCAUUAUACAAGCCCUAUGUCAAUGGUAUCAUUGCAAAGGAGCCAACAUCACUGGAAGAGGAGAUCAAGGAGAUCCGCCGGAGUGGCAGUGGCAAAGCCCUGGACACCCCUGAGUUUGAGCUCUCAGAUAUCUUCUAUUUCUGCCGCAAAGGCAUCGAGACCAUCAUGGAUGAUGAAGUGACCAAGAGGUUCUCAGCUGAAGAGCUGGAGUCCUGGAACCUGCUCAGCAGGACUAACUACAACUUCCAGUAUAUCAGCCUGCGCCUCACUGUACUUUGGGGACUGGGUGUGCUCAUCCGCUACUGCUUCCUUCUGCCUCUCAGGAUAGCCCUGGCAUUUACUGGCAUCAGCUUGUUGGUGACUGGUACUACAGUGGUGGGAUAUUUGCCAAAUGGAAGGUGUAAGGAGUUCCUGAGCAAGCAUGUCCACCUGAUGUGUUACCGGAUCUGUGUGCGUGCCCUCACAGCCAUCAUCACCUACCAUGACCGAGAAAACAGACCCCGAAAUGGAGGCAUUUGCGUGGCAAAUCACACAUCUCCCAUUGAUGUGAUCAUCCUGGCCAGUGAUGGCUACUACGCGAUGGUGGGUCAGGUCCAUGGAGGGCUCAUGGGUGUGAUACAGAGAGCCAUGGUGAAAGCUUGCCCUCACGUCUGGUUUGAACGCUCUGAGGUCAAAGAUCGUCACCUCGUCGCCAAAAGGCUUACAGAGCAUGUCCAGGACAAGAGCAAACUGCCUAUUCUUAUCUUUCCAGAAGGAACCUGCAUCAACAACACAUCUGUGAUGAUGUUCAAAAAGGGGAGCUUUGAAAUUGGAGCCACAGUUUACCCUGUAGCCAUCAAGUAUGACCCGCAGUUUGGAGAUGCCUUUUGGAACAGCAGCAAGUAUGGCAUGGUAACCUACCUCCUUAGGAUGAUGACCAGCUGGGCCAUUGUCUGCAGCGUCUGGUACUUGCCCCCAAUGACGAGGCAGCCCGAAGAGGACGCUGUCCAGUUUGCCAAUCGAGUGAAGUCGGCCAUUGCCAGGCAGGGGGGCCUUGUGGAUCUGCUCUGGGAUGGAGGACUGAAGAGGGAGAAGGUGAAAGACACGUUCAAGGAGGAGCAACAGAAACUCUACAGCAAAAUGAUUGUAGGCAACCAUGAAGACCGGAGCCGCUCCUGAGCCCUCUGCCUCCAGCAAUGUUACUGGGCCUGGCCAGAGCCCUCUGCCUCCAGCACGAGCCAGGGCUGGUCUGAAGCAGCUCUGAAUCUUUGGACUCUGGCUACUCCAGAGCUGCUUGGACUUGCUCCUUCAUCCUCUGGCUGUUCUUUCCUGGAGGCACUAUUACUGCCUAGAGCCUUGAGGCCCUGGGCAGCUCUUGGCAAAGAUGCCUUCUCGUUACUGUUACAGUGAAGCCCCUUGCAGGGGCAAUAGUAAAUGAAACACUUAUGGUGUC